AUGUGGGAAUGCAAAAUCAAUCGAGAGCUGAGACACGACGAAGAAAUAAAGGAAUACUUUGACAACUAUGACCUUAUGGAUCCUUUGGAGCUACGUCAUGCAUUUUAUGGUGGGCGAACCAACGCAACGAAACUUUUUCAUGAGUGUAAGGAUGAUGAGGAGAUUAGGUAUGUUCGGGAAAAAAAGGGAUAGGGUACCCUAGGGUGUAAAACCACAAACUAAUGCACUAAUUUUCUUAGGUAUACCGACUUUACCAGUCUUCAUCCGUGGUGUAACAAGAUGACCCGGACGGUUAUUGGUCACCCUCGUGUUAUCACUGAGAAUUUCGGGGAUAUUUCCACUUACUUCGGAUUGAUUAACUGCACGGUACUUCCACCUCCACGACUUUUUCACCCCGUUCUUCCCUACCGUACCCAAGGCAAGUUAAUGUUCCCUUUGUGUAAAUCGUGUGCAGACAUGUGCAAUCAGAGCCCCUGUACCCAUUCCGAGCGCGAAAGAGCCAUUCAGGGAACGUGGUGUAGCGUUGAAUUGGAGAAAGCCCUGGAAAAGGGUUAUAGUAUCCUGCAAAUGCACGAAGUGUGGCAUUUUCCCGAAACCUCUGUUAACCUGUUCAAAGACUAUGUGAAUACCUUCCUGAAAAUUAAACAGGAAUCCAGUGGGUACCGACUUUACCAGUCUUCAUCCGUGGUGUAA